AAGCUAUGUUAUGAAAAUCUAAUACCUGUUUUACUAGGACUAAUACUAAAUUAAACUUUACAAAAAGUAUCCCUUUUACACUUCUUACACAAAAAAUGCUUUUCCUUAACCUUAUAAUAUUCCUCUAGACUAACAAGACAAUAUUGAUAAUAUCCCCAAGACAUUUAUUAUUAAUGAUAAGAGUCGGUUGAUAUUACACUCAGAAGCUUAUAUGAUACAUUCACUUAAUUGAAAUAAAGAUACUGUUAUGUGCAAGAGGGCCAGUAAAGUCUCCGCGUUCGCUUUAACUGAGUGACUAUGUAUGUUAGCAACGCCAUCUUUAUCUCAAGAAGAAAAAUAUUAGAAGUGAAAACAUUGACAAAAAGCGACCUAGAUAUUUGGAGAGACAGCCUAGCUACCUGCUUCUAGCAAUAUUAGCUAAAAAAAUUUGUGAAAGAUUAGAUAAAUAGAAACAUAUCUUUGAUCGGAUCAUUUAUAAAGAGGAGCAAUAUUUUUUCUAUUAGACAUCGUAAAAUUUCCUGAAGUGACACAUUGAAUACAUGAAAUGGCGAAUCAGUUUAUCAGCUUCUUAGUACUAUCCAUAAAAUUUGUAAUUGAUAAUGUUGGAGCUCUAUUGAGUCUUUUGAACAUUCAUUUAAUUCCUCUGAACUAUGAGCAGGCAAUUAAAGGAAUGAAUAAGGUACACUAUGAGCAUAUCAAGAAAGAUAAAUUCUUCAUGAAAAAUUUGAAACUUAUGAUGAAUGGACUAUCCAAUGCGAGCGAUAUCACUUUAACUGGUAGAUUUAUUUAUUAUAAUCAGCUAUACGAUGUUAUUAAAUCCAGAUACAACUUUGAUAAUUAUGUCAAAGAAAAUCCUAAAGUUAGAAAUGUCGACAUAAAAAAUCCAGUCUUUAUCGUUACUCUUCCAAGAACAGGUAGUACAUUCAUGCAUGUAACCAUGCAACAGGAUAAGAGAUGGUAUUGUCCUGAAGUAUGGCUUCAGAAUGUCCUUGUUCCACCGCCUUCGAAUCCACUAUCAGAGAGUGAUAACAAGGUUAUAAAAGAAGUAGACUGGAGAUUGGGCAUAGCAAAGUAUCUAUGGGGUAAACGAAUUGAAAGUGCUCACCCUCUCUUUGCAAGAAGUCCCGAAGAUAUUUUGAUGAAUCUAAUGUGUGUAGGAGCUCAAUUCUAUAUGGCAAUGGUUAUCAAUAAUCUAGACGACUAUAUGGACUACUUGAUGAACUUAGAUAAAUCAACUUGGGUUGAAAUGUACCGAAGCAUAAAGUUGAUGAUGCAAUGCUACAUGUACAACUAUCCAACAGAGAGAUUAUUGACAAUGAGCCAUAGUCCUUAUACAAAUGUUGCUGCUCUAUUGGAAGUUUUUCCAGAUGCUAAAAUAGUAACAAUUCAUAGGGAUCCUGCCAAGUCACUAGCCUCUAUAACAUCUCUACUUGGCAUGUCAAGUUCACAAUUUUUUUCUAUUUUUGGAAGAGAUUUAAAAGUCAUGGGUGAUAACGUUUCCGAUAUGUGCUUGAAAGGAACUAACUUAUUACUAGAACAGAGAGAAGAGUUGGAAGAAAAGGACAAAACAGAGAAUAGAUUUAUUGAUGUUUAUUUUAAAGAUAUUGUGAGGAACCCAAUGGAGACAUUUAAAGAUCUGUAUGAAAAAUUAGAAAUGCCUUGGACCGAUGAAUGGGAAAGAACAUGCAAAACUUAUAUAACAAGCCAAAGGGAGCAUAAGAAAGGCACACAUUCUUAUAAAGAUAAUUUAAUUAGAAAAGAAUACUAUCAUAAACAAUUUUCCGACUAUAUUAAGAAAUUUUCUAUUGAACUAAACUUGUAAUUAUUUUUUUCCAAGUCAACAUUUAAUAGAAAAAUCUGUCUUUAAAAUCUAUUGAGAUCUUGAUAAUGGUGAUGAAAUUCGUUCAUAAAAAGUCUGUGUGAUUAGAUAUAUGUUACUAAAUCAGAUUCUUUGCUCUCUUAUCGAUCAACUACAGUACAGCAUCAGACUUAGCUUAUCUUUGGUUUGACCGGUAGACACAGUUUAAGAACAAAAUUCUAAUUGUCUGUACACUUGAUAGUUUAUGAAAUAGAUUCAGCACUAACCAAUUAAAAACUAUCACUACUUUGAGAAUCGCUUUCUAAAUAAUCACUAACUUCAUUCUCAUCUUUAACAUCCUCAACUUCCUUUUUCAUUAGCUUUCCAACCUUAAUUAGACAAGAUUUAACACUAUGAAAUGGAUUUUCUGGUCGGUUAAACACAAUUAUCAAAGACACGACGAGUAUUCCAAAAAUAAAUACUAUUAUCAAAAGAAAGACGUCAACUCUUGUAGAAAUAGGUUUUCUUUUAGACGCCUUCGCUGUUGCUAUUUAUAAUAUUCUAUUAUAAAAUAUGAGAUGAUUAAAUAUAUUUUAACCAUAUUUACUCAAUCUUUCCACAUAGACUAUAACUGGAGCCGUUUCUUCGCUAUAUAUGUUAUUCUCUUUAGUAAUAUUUUGUAAUUUAAACUGACUAUGCUAAAAUAUAAAUUAAUACGUGUUAAUAGACUUUUAACUCCAUUUAAAAUAGCCAAAUAAACUUUACAUGUUUUGAACAAUCUGCUCCAAAGAAAGGAUAUUGGCAGUUAAUCUAUCAAAAUGAAAAAUGAAAUUGUAUCUUUAAUGACAAAACUAAACAUUAGCUAACCGAAUAUUCAACUAAAAGCUUGGAAAAAUAUUGUGUAGUAAUGUUAGAGUUAAUUGACAAUAGUUUUCUCCUUUUUCUCAAUGUUUUUGCCACAAAGAUUCUACUAUGUACAAUUAAUUGAGUAGAUUGGUCAAUAUACUCAAAAAAUGCAAUAUAAAUGAAUAAAUGUUUUUUCAGCUUAUUACGAAUGACAAUUUUAAUAGUUUCUCUUUUAAUACAGUGA